AUGGGACAAAUCUUGUCAUGGUUUUCCUCCUUGUUUGGUCAGGAAGAAGUCCGUAUAUUGAUAUUAGGUUUGGACGCUGCGGGGAAGACUACUAUUUUAUAUCGUCUUCAAUGUGGAAAAGUCAUUCCGUCAAUGCCUACUAUUGGGUUCAACAUGGAAGUUGUUGAGUGCGAGAAUGUGAAAUUCAAAGUUUGGGAUUUGGGAGGACAAAGCUCGUUGCGACCAUAUUGGAAAUGUUACUACGAAAAGUGCAGCGCUAUCAUUUUUGUUGUGGACUCGACAGACAAGGAGCGACUUUCCAUCGCUAAAGAUGAACUCCACUCAAUGCUUAGCGAACCUGAACUGAAAGAAACCAUCAUCGCAGUUUUCGCAAACAAACAAGACAUGGCGGGCGCUUUAACUUCCGCAGAGAUUUCCGACAAAUUAAUGCUCCACACUAUCAAGUCACACACUUGGAAUAUAUUCAACACUAGUGCCAUCACUGGAGCCGGUUUAGAGCCCGGAUUGAAGUGGGUUGCCAACCAAAUCAAGGCCAAACACUGA